CGAGGUCCGGACGAGAAUCAAUGGCUCUAUGGAUACGCAUAAACAGCGGCCGGAGCGCCGCCGCCGCCGGCCGGACGCGGCCUCAGUCAGCCGUCGGGCCCAGUGCAGCCGCCGGCCCGAGUGACCUGGCUCAGGUCAAGUCAGGUCAGGUUUCACGGUAGCCGGGCAGCGACCAAAGGUACACCUGAGUCUGGUCAGAAGACGCCAUCAUGACCGAAGAAAAUGUCAAGGUCGCCGUCAGGAUUCGACCAUUCAACAGUCGCGAGAAGGGCCGCAGCGCCCAGCUGAUUCUCGACACCAACGGGAACACGACGUUCAUCCGCGACCCGGCGCCCGGCGGCGAGACCAAGUCGUUCACCUUCGACCACUCCUACUGGAGCUUCGACGGCUGCAAGGAGAACAACGGCUACUUCGAGCCCGACAAGAGCCACAAAAAUGGCGGCAAGUUCGCUGACCAGAAUAUGGUCUUCAACGACUUGGGUCAGGGUAUUCUCAAGAACGCCUGGAGUGGCUACAACGCCACUCUGUUCGCCUACGGCCAGACGGGCUCGGGCAAGUCCUACUCCGUGAUCGGCUACGGCCCCAACAAAGGAAUCGUCCCAAAGUUUUGUGAGGAAAUCUUCAAAGGUAUCAAGGAGAAGGCCAAGCAACCCAUUGUGUUCGAGGUUAAGUUCAGCAUGCUGGAGAUCUACAGCGAAGUGGUACACGACCUACUGAACCCGGCGAAGAACAAAAAGUCCGGCCUGAAGGUCCGACAACACCCCAAGAAAGGAUUCUACGCCGAGGGUCUGAAGCAGGUAAUGGUGACCUCGUACGCCGACAUUGAGGCGCAGAUGGACGAGGGCACGAUGAACCGGACGGUGGCCUCGACCAACAUGAACGCCACCUCCUCGCGCGCGCACACUAUCGUCGGCAUCCAUUUCACGCAGAAACAGAAGAAUGCCGCCGGACAGGAGACGGCCAAAACGUCCAUCGUCAACCUGGUCGACCUGGCCGGCAGCGAGAGGGCAGACAGCACCGGCGCCACCGGAGAUAGGCUGAAGGAGGGAGCCGCCAUCAACAAAUCGCUCUCCACACUCGGAAACGUCAUCUUCGCUCUCGCCAAACAGUCCAGCGGUGAGAAGGACGUGCGUGUGCCGUUCCGGGACUCCGUGCUCACCCGGCUGCUGCAGAACGCCCUGAUGGGCAACUCCAAGACGGUGAUGGUGGCUGCCCUGUCACCGGCCGACCUCAACUAUGAUGAGACCAUGUCCACGCUCCGCUUCGCCGACCGGGCCAAGCAGAUCAAGACCAAGGCGACGGUGAACGAAGACCCGACUGAGAAGCUGCUCCGCGAGCUGAAGGAGGAGAAUGAGCGGCUCAAGGCCAGCAUGAAGGGUGGCAAGAUCGACAUGGGUAACACGGCCGGCAUGUCGGCGGCCGACAAGGAGGCGCUGCGGAAGGAGCUGGAGGAGGAGAUGCGCGCCCAGAUGCUGGAGAACGACCGGGAGCUCGAGGACAUGAAGAAGUCCUACGAGGAGAAGCUGAAGGCGGCCCACAAGUCCUCGGCCACGGCGGCGGGCGGCGCCGCCGCGGCAACCAACCGCGAGAAGGAGACCAAGCCGCACAUCUACAACCUCAACAUGGACCCCAUGCUCUCCGGCCGCAUCGUCAACAUCCUGAAGAAGAAGCAGACCGAGGUCGGCAAUAGGAAGGGCGGCGAGAGCGACAUCACCAUGGUCGGACCCGGUAUGCAGGAGAAGCACGCCAUCAUCGCUCUGGAUGAGAAGGCCAACAAGGUCAACAUCAAGCCGUGCAACACCGACUGUCGCGUGCUGGUGAACGGGACGCCGAUCCAGGGCGAGACCACGCUCUGCCACAAUGACAGACUGGUGUUCGGAGGCACUCAGAUCUGGGUGUUUGCUAACCCAGUGGAGGCGAAACAGAGCAAAAAGAAGUACCCGACUAUCACCUAUGAGUACGCUCAGGAGGAAAUCGCCUCCAAGAACGGCCUCAAGAUGGACAACACAGCAAACAACGCCCAGGUGCAGCUGCAGGAGGACCUGCUGGAGCUGAUGCCGGGAGUCGAGACGGCCAACAGCAUCUCCGAGGAGCUCGACAAGAGGUGCAAGUUCGAGAUCCUGCUCGUCUCGCCACAGAUGAUGGGCAAAACGUCCGGGAACACCGAGGUCUGCGUCAAGAUGAAGAACCUGGCCAACAACGCUGAGUACGUGUGGUCCAAGGAGAAGUUCCGCAACAACCUGUACCUGAUGCAGGAGAUGUACGCUAACUUCGAGGACGAGGACGACUGGGACCUGCCCGAGUCCCAGGACCCGUUCCGGGAGCCCCCGGACACGGAGGUGAUGAUCGGCGUGUGCCAGGUGGUGCUGCAGCCACUCGCCUUCCAGGUGGAACUCAAGGAUCAGGUGGAGAUUAGCAACUACAAGGGUGCCGAAGUCGGCGUACUCAAUUUGGAGGUCGUGCCCUGUGACGCCUCCGGUAAGGAGUACAAGGAGGAGGACGAUCGGUUCGUCGACAGUCCCGACAUGCUUAUCGGAAAGGACGUCAACUUCGUGGUCAAAAUCAACAGCGCCAGGGGCCUGCCCAAAAGCUACAUGGACGUCUACUGCAAGUACAAGGUGUACCUGGAAGACGACCACAAGACCAAGAUGGUGAGCGACACCACCAACCCCGACUUCAACGACAAGAAGAUCUUCAAAUUCCCCACGGCCACCAAGCAGUUUGUCGACUACCUGCACAACAGCACGAUGGCGAUCCAGCUGUGGGGCAAGUACCGUCUGAGGAACCUCUCCGGGUCGAUCAAGAACCUCACCACCAAGGACAUCAUGAAGACCGACAGAGGUGUCUUCUCCAGGACGGCGAACCUGAUGAACGGUUUCCAGAUGAACGGCCGGGUGGUGGACCCCCAGAAGCAGUCCAUCAUCGUCGAGCUGCUGCUAAUGAAGAAGACGCAGGCGCGCCUCCAGCAGCGCGUGGACGGCGUCCGUAAGCUGCUGCAGCAUGCCGACAAGAUGGCCCGCCACCGUGUGCCCGUGGAGCUGAUGAAGCGAGCGCUGGACGCCCAGACCUCCGCCCAGGUGGAUAAGUGCAUCCGGGAUCUCGAAGGUAAAUAGAUGACCGCGAUGACGAUGACAGUGGCCGUGGCAGCCGGUCCAGCAACGGCUCCAGCAGCUCCAUCUGCACAGUCAUGUAGCAACGUUCCCGGCCUCUGCAAACCGUCCCGACCAUACCCUACGCGACCGGCGCCAUCAUACCAAACCCGACCGAUGCCGGCCUCUCUGAGGUGACCUUCCGGUCCAGCCGGCAGAUGCCAACAGGAUGUGGGCGUCUCUGAGAAAAGUGACCUCUCGCUCAAUGUCGCUUUUCGAGUUGAGCUCUCUUUUGAGCGAGGUUAUUCGAUCACGGGCACACUGACUGCUGGUCAAGUGGUGUGCAUAAGGAUCAGCGCACAAAUUACAGGCUAAGGAGCGCUGCUAUAUGACGACAGAUGUGGUUUGUCUUAGAAGUGAAGGACAAGUGCCGAAGCAAGUUGCAUAUUUUGCACGACUUUAUUUGGCCGAUACGUGUCUUGAAAGAAACGUAACACACAUGAUAUUAUAUUUUGAUUGAUGUUCAUACGCUGAUUCUUACUUUUUAGUGUAUGUGCCUUUUUUGCUGCAUUCUCGAAAGAGAUGUUUUGUCUCACGUCAGUUUUUUGUCUCGAGUGCAAGAUGCACUUACCUAUAUUUUUAUAGUAAAAAUGAAAACAUAUAGCAGAACAAAGAGCCAUAUAUAAAGGCGUUUAUAAAUUUAAGGCAACAGUUUCUGUGGAAGCGAUGAAGAACAACACGCACGUCGCACAAGCAAGCACAUGUAUCUGUUAUUUAAGCAUUCGUUAGUAAUGGCACAGCACUGGGGAAUGGAUAAAAUGCUAUCAGAUUCUUAGACGAAGACGGCAGCUCAAUCUAGAAGAUGCUCUUUUCGAAUUACACAUAAGUUCAUUUUGUCACGGGCCUGACAACAGCCGGCGUUUACAUUACAUGUUACCCGAGUGACAGCCGUACCUCAAUGUACCCCUUUAAUGUUCUUUGUGGCGUACCUACUUCAGUACCUACCUAAACAGACAAAACAUUUAUCAAUGAAUUUCGUAAAUACCAAUAUCCAUGCUAAGGCCAAUCAACAUUUGUUCUGUGGGCUGUAUCCUCGUAAUAUAUUUAGAUCUAAACAUGGAGAAAGAGACAUGUGAACAAUUUUAGGACCAUGCACUGGACAUAAGAUAUAAUACAUCAUCUUACACGGUCCAAGUGCCCUUUCAGACGCGCCAUUGCUUUGAAUAGUGCUCCUGCUGGAGCCUAAAACUCGCUGUGUUAGAUUCGAUAAGGUGUUUUCCUGUAUCGUUAGGCUGGUGUUUCGUGUCAAUUGUAACCUGUGAUAUAUUCAUCCACUAAAAAGAGAACAGUGCCUUAGAUCUCAACGACGUCUCUCUUUUGCUCUCUCUUUGUUUAUCGUCUGUUGUGGUCACAUCUAUAUAAAACAAUCUGUGUUUGAGAAAUAUAUCAAACGAUCA